AUGGCCAUCGAGCAAGAUGGCCACGUAAAAAAAUUGCUCAGGCAAGAGAGCUCCACAAAACUGAGGACUUUAGCACGGAACUGCAGAAUACUGAACUACAAAUACGGUCUCAAAGCAAGGUGAGGAAAAGCUCCGCCAAAGCCGUCAAAACCAACUUUUUCGGGCAGAAAACGGCUACCACAGCCCUGGUUACGCUGGCCGAAAACCAGUACGACGAAGAGGGCUCUGACAACAGCAACCAGGCCAUGGAGCUGGGGACCCCGAGCGCCGAGGCUACUCUCACUCCAGCAUACCUUACCAAAGCACUGGAGACACUGACCAACAAACUUGUCGCUACCUGGCAGCAAACCGCGGAUUCUAUUAAGAAAGACAUCCAAGACCUGAGGACCUGCACGGCACACUUGGAAUCCAAGAUGGAUGACUACGCUAGCGCGUACAACCUGUGCCUACGAGGGUCCCCGAAUCAAGCCUACCUUGUGACCUCCAUGCAUAUGUCCGCGGCCUACUUCGGGCCUACGCGCCUGAGACUCCAGCGGAUAUGCUGUUGGUGGCUAGCGUGCACUAGGUCCCUCGGCCGCGACAUCUGCCGGAAACUGCGCCACAAGAUAUCCUGCUGA